CUUACACACACACAUAGUUGUGUCAUUAUUUGUGAUCACAAUGAUGUCAAGCAGCUCUACCUGGGCAGAUGUACCAUCAGCGGCUUCUGAGCAGCUUUGUUACAUUGAUUGCCCUUUCUGCAAUAUUGUUCUUGCUGUAAGUGUACCAUGCAGCAGCUUGUUUGAUACAGUGACCAUUACUUGCGGAAACUGCAACAAUAUGUGGCCUGUGAAUGUGGACGUUACUACUGCUUUGCAUCUAUCUCAUACUGGUUCAACUUCCAGUUUUCAAGAUUCAUCUUCUUCUCAUCACCAGCAUGGAGGCAACCUCAUUAUGCCAAAUUACAUGAGGCCGAUGACCAUCGUGCCAUACCCACCUUCCAUCACCAAUGCACAAGAGAUCAACGAUUCUUCUCCGGAGAAGAGGAAACGCAUUCCAACUUUACAUAACCAGUUUAUAAAGUAAUGGUCAUGACUCC